GUUGUUGGAGUCCCCUUCGUUACCUAUAUAAUAAAUUGCUGUCCACUUGUCUAUAGCUCAUAAGAAAAAGCCCAAAGAGCAAAAAUCCAGGGGCUAUUGAUCCUUGAUUAAACCAAAAAUACCUAUCGGAAAACCCUAGCAAUCUUUUUUUUUUUUCGCCUAGAAAAAAUAUGCAAGAAGACCCUCAGGCCAAGCCACUGGCACCUGUUCAACAAUAUUCAAGAAGCGACAUGGAGUUUGGGGGGAUUAAACCCAAAGCGUUACCACGAGAAGAAAAGAGCAGCAAAUGUCUUGUUUAUGUUCUUGCUAUAAUGGUCAUCCAGGGAGCGGUUCUGUUGAUUUUUGCGAGUGUUGUUUUACGUGCUAGAACUCCUGAUUUCGAGAUCCGAUCAGUCACGGUUAGAACUCUCAAGUUUGGCAAUUCACCGGCUCCAUCUUUUAAUUUUACACUUUUAACGGAGGUUACUGUCGGGAAUACCAAUUUCGGAGACUUCAGGUUUGAGAACACUACUGGCAGUGUUUCAUGUGGUUCUAUAGUCGUUGGAGAUGUGAAAAUACCUACAGGGAGAGCUCAAGCUAGGGCAACAGAGAGGUUGAAUGUUUCUGUGGAUGUGAGCUCACUCAGGAUAUCAGAUAUGAAGAGCUUAAGCACUAAUAUAAGUUCUGGGUUUUUAGAGCUGAACAGCAAUGUUAAAUUGAGUGGAAAAGUUAAUAUUUUGAAUAUUAUGAAGAGGAGAAGGUACCCUGAGAUGAAUUGCUUCAUGACCCUUAAUUUGACAGGGCAGACCAUACAGAAUUUAACAUGCGACUGAUGUAUGAAUGGUGAACUUUUCCCCUCUUUUUAAUUUUGGUUUUGUAGAGUUGUCUUUGUUUCAUUAAAAGAUAUAAGCAUUUACGAUCACAUAUGUUUAACUAGAUUCUUGAUUUGAAAACCCAUGUUCUUGAAAGACUAAUUGAGAACAAUUUUUGUUAAUAUUUAGUAUAAAAAAUACUUCUUUGAAUCAUUAUUUUGAUGAUAUUAUUAGAAGUGUUACUGUUUCUGUAUGAAUGGCGGCCUAACAUUUAACAUUGAGAUGGCUGGAUUUGAGUCAUUGUCGCUUAAGAAAACAGUCAACUUGCUAAAUCCAAUUAAAAGUUCAUUGGCGCCCACACUGUCGUAUGCAACGAGUAACCUAACGAGCCUUAAAUUCUCUACAUUAUUUUGAGUACACUUAUCUUCUUCCAUUUAAGUUUCUUCAGCAUUAAUUCUCAUAACACAAUACUAAUUAAUGCCAAAUUAAAGCCUGUUUGUGAUUUGACUUAUGAUGAUAAUUGAGAAGAGAGCAAAGCGUGUUCAUGUUUGUUGUUCAGAUUCAAUCUUUUUCCACAAAUAAAAGAAAAAG